AUGCCGGCCACCACAGCCGAAACGCUGAGCAUCGUCAACCGCACCGUCUCCGUUGCGCCUCUCGUCCUCCUCUCAGCAGCAGACCACUACGGUCGAUCCGCCAAAGGCACUCGAAAGCGUGUUGUUGGCGUUCUACUGGGUCAGAAUGAUGGCAAGAGCGUGCGAGUAUCCAACAGCUUCGCGGUGCCUUUCGAGGAAGAUGAGAAGGACCCCUCGGUGUGGUUCCUGGAUCACAACUACGUCGAGUCGAUGAAUGAUAUGUUCAAGAAGGUCAACGCGAGGGAGAAGCUGAUCGGUUGGUACCAUUCGGGACCUAAGCUGCGGGCUAGUGAUCUCGAGAUCAACGAGCUCUUCAAGAGAUACACCCCAAACCCGCUUCUAGUCAUCAUCGACGUACAACCGAAGGAGGUCGGCGUGCCCACAGAUGCGUACUUUGCUGUGGAAGAAAUCAAAGAUGACGGAACGACUACAUCGAAGACCUUUGUACAUACACCCAGCACCAUCGAGGCAGAGGAGGCAGAGGAGAUUGGUGUUGAGCACCUUCUGAGAGAUAUCCGGGAUGUCGCAGUCGGCACCCUCAGCACACGGAUAACCAGCCAACUCGAAUCCCUCCAAGGCCUGCACCUACGGUUACAGGACAUCGGCAGAUACCUACAGAAAGUCCUCGACGGAGAUCUUCCAGUCAACCACGCAAUUCUCGGCAACCUUCAAGACGUGUUCAACCUCCUACCUAAUCUCUCCACACCCAAGACCGCUGCCAAGGACCUACCCACUAUUAAUGGCAUAGUGAAUGGUGCAGUUGGUGUCACCGGCGGCAGCACAGAGAACUCCGAACUCGCCCGUGCCAUGAGCAUCAAGACCAACGAUCAGCUCAUGUCGAUCUACCUCUCCAGCUUAAUACGAGCCAUCACAGCGUUCCACGAUCUCAUUGAGAACAAGAUCCAGAACAAGCGGCAGCAGGAAGACGCGGACGCGAAGAAGGAGGAAGACAAGAAAGACGAGGAGAUCAAGAAAGAGGAGAAGCUCAUGUUGAAUGGAACAUCAGAGAAAGCAGAAAAGGAAGGUGCAGAUGAUCCGAAGAAGGAUGAGAAGGGCAAGAAGAAGGGAUAG